ACUUACUGGGAGACUGAGCAGACAACAGUCAACAUCUCACCAACCUUGGAAGCAUCAGCAGGGAAACCCAACGAUGAAUCCAUCUCCAGCUGAACUACAGGAGCGCUACAACGAGAAGGGCUUCCUCUCAGCGCUGCCUGUGCUGGAUGAGACAGAGCUGAGGGAGGUCAGGGAUGCCUUCGCGAAGCUGGAGGAGGAAUUUGGUACAGAGUACACACAGUACAGCCUCCACAAUGUUCAUCUUCAGUACCCCUGGGUGAUGAAUCUGACCACACAUCCCCGCAUCCUGCAAGUGAUCCAAGCCAUCCUGGGACCUGACGUCAUUCUGCUGGACUCUCGAUUUAUCUGCAAAUACCCGACAGUCAAACCCGCCAAACUCCAGCAGAGCAAAACAGCUCAAAGCAAACCUGAGGGGGAAGAUGAGCUCCCUUAUGUGGCCUGGCACCAGGACAUGAGGUACUGGGGUAUUGCUGGUGGACCUGUUCUGUCUGUGUGGCUUGCUCUUGAUGAUUCGCAAAAAGAAAACGGAGCCCUUCAGGUCAUCCCAGGAAGCCACUGCUCUGGCAUGUUGCUCCAUCGCCAAGCAACCCGCCCUGGGAACCUGCUGUCAGUCAACCAGGAGAUCCCAGAGGAGCUGGUGCAGGCGGACGAAGCUGUGCUUUGUCCUCUGAAAGCCGGACAGAUGUCGAUUCAUGAUGGUCUUCUUGUUCAUGCAAGUGAUGCCAACACUUCCCAAAGGAGGCGCUGUGGCUUUGUGAUCCGUUAUGUUCCCACCUACGCCCACCCCACUGAGGAUCCUGAUCGUCCCAGGAAAUUUCAUGCAACGAAGUUGGUCUGUGGGGUGGACCAGUUCCACCAUUUCUCCAACAAAAGCACAUGAAGGAUUAGUGAACUCUUCACAACAACUGCUUUAACAUCUCAUUGAUAAAUCAAAUGUCUAUUUAGUGUUUGUAUGGAAUUAUGUAUAUGGACUACAAUACAUCACUGACUCUAAAUUAAA